CGUUGGGUGUUUUCACAUUGGCCAGUAACCAGUACUAGUAUAUAGCUCUUGGAUGUAGUGUGCUUGUGCCAUGCUGAAAGUUGCUAUGGUUGGUGCCAACCAGCAGGGCGUGCUGGUGAACUUUGGUGGAACUUGGAUCUUGGCUGGUUGCCCCCCUGAUGUCGGUACUUCGCUCAGACACUUUAACAUCAACAUGUCCCAGGUGGCCGCCGUGCUGUUGACUUCUGGUACUUGCAUGGAGGGUUGGCCCCUGCUCCGCCGGUCAUUCGUGCAGGCCGAGCUGGAGCAACCCCGCCUUCUGGGCACUGAGCCCAUGUUGCAGGUUGCCCAAAGUCAUUUGAGAGACUUGGCAAUGAUGAGACCUUCACAAAAUGGAGGAGGAGAGCUUUUCUCUUUAGAGGAAGUUGAGGAAGCAUUUCUUGGAGCAGAAGAGGUAAGUUUCGGACAGGAAGUACUUCUUGAAGGCGACAAUGCAACUAUGUUGCUGAAAGCAUCAUGCUCAGGCCUGGGCCUAGGCGGAAGCCUGUGGUCCUUGGCGUGCUACGGGCUUUGUGUGGUUGUCGGAGCGUCCGCCAAAGUGGCGCGGCUACCAGACCUGGAGGCUUUGACAGUGGCAGAUGUGGUCGUGCUUCUGGGAGGCAUCUCCAGGCAUCCUUCCCGUGAUGUCCAGCAGCAGCUGACAGACGCUGCAAAGGAGGUGGCGGUUGUGCUGCAGUCCCGAGGGAACGUUCUGGUGCCGUUGAACGGCUCACCAGAGGAUUUCACCGAAGAGCUGACCGAGUGCAUCGCCAAAGCCAUCUCAGAAUUGGAGAAUCAGGGGCCCAUCUUUGCCAUCAGCACGCCUGCUCGAUCUUUGAGGCGCUGUGGUCGUUGGGCCGAGUGGACUUCCAAGAAGGGUCAGGAACGUGCUCGCGUCGGAGAGCACCCGUUCCUUGUGGAUGCGCUGAGGGAGAGUGGCCGCCUUGUAUUGGCUGAGACGAUCAAUGACCUGACCGACGCUUAUGAGGAGCCAUGUGUUGUCUUGGCUCCCAUCUCUCUGAAGCGGCACUUCGAGAAGCUUUGGGACUCACAGAAAGCCUCCAGGCGACUCUGCUGGUUGGAUGUCCAAGGAGUUUUGCCAGGUGUUGGCAACGCAAUACAGCCUUAUAUUUCCGCAACAGAAUUAGCCAGGACUUGGUCUUCGUGUGCCCGACCACCGAAGUUGAUCGUGCCGAAGGGUCGAGUUCCGUUACCACCAGAGCUCACCUCCUGCAAGGCGGUGGAGCUCAUGGUGCUUGACUCUGGUCUUCUAGAGGUGCCACUGGAUUUGGACCGGCCCCGCGUGAAGUGCUGGCUGCCGCGAGACCACCUGGCAGUGGCACGAAAACAGGGACGCAAACGGCCGGCAGAUGUGCUACCUCUACAUGGCACCUUCAUUGGCAACACCAGGCCGCGGAUCGCACCACGCCAGCCAGAAGCCGAGCUCCUGGCUGGGGCUGUGGAGGUCAAGGCCUUUCAGGAUGCCAUGCGGAAAGCGGGGCUGGUAGUGGAAGGCGGGCUCAGAACUCUCCGGCUGAAAGUCCAUGAACACCAAAGACGACGUUUGAGAGACCAGAUCUUUCAAGCGCUUUUGCGAUUUUCUUUGCCUUAGAGCCACUUGGAGUCUAAGAGCAUCUGAGAGCCAGCUAGCGGCCAGGGAGUGGAGAAGUGCUGAACGUACCUUCUUUGGAUGCAAGGAUCUUGCUCAACCAGCCUAGUGGCAUUGCUUUGGAGACCAUCGUGGAGUGCAAGAGUGCCGACGGACGUCGAAGGAUCGCAGAAGUUCUGGAUUCCGUGCUGAUGGCCUUGUAGCUUGUGGCCGCGCAAUCCCAUGUUAAUGCGGGCCAACAGAUUGUAGAGCUUUAGCUUUGCUGUGUGCAGAGCUGUGAUGCCGAAGUUUAGUUGAAACAGCUCGCGAGGCUUUGGAAAAAGUCCGCUUGUUGUGUUGCAAGGGCUGAGGAGAAGGAGCCUGUCAUAG